GCCAGGACCAUUAUAAGAAAAUGAUAAGAAAGUGUUGGGAAACGCCCCAUUGUUGCGUGGCAACAGCAAAACACCAUACCUUGGCUGAUGGGCCGAGUGAAGAGAAUGGAAGAUGCGUUGGACAUGUAGGAGCGAUAUUUCAGACGCAGCUGUACAGUUUGGAGGCAGCUGUUUGUAGGAACAUUCCCAGAAUGAACUACAAGGAGCUGGUUAGAGAGCUCAUUGCACUGCUGGAGAAGUAUGAGCCAGACAAACAGUGCGUGGAGAGUUUUACAGAGGAUUCAGCAAAAACCCUCGAGAACCGCCCGUCUGAUGAGCAGACACUGAUCAUUGACACUGUUUAUGGAUGCAUUGUGCAUCGAAAGCUUCUGGAUAUUGUAGUGAAUGCCUUUUAUGUUCAUAAUGGGAAAUCUUUACUCAAAGCCGAUCGGAACCAGUUUCUUGUGGUCUGUUACCUUGCCAUGUUCCAUCUUGAAGAGCUUGGUCUGGAGAAGUUCAGUGCGUUGCUCAAAUCUCUGGACAGCUCAAAAAUGCACAAAUUCCUGAGUUUCUUCUUUGAUGCCAACAACCUCAGCACUUGGAUCUUUGGAGAGUGGAGUCAGAUCUACGAUGCUGUGUAUGUAGAGAACAUGUGGAUAGCUCCCUUGCUGAGGUGGCAGACUGAGAUUGAAGGUCUGCUAGAUCACCUUGAGAAGAAGGCAACCAAAGGUGCUCAGCUGAAGAAAUUCCCCAAGAAGUACACCAGACCUCAGGAGUUUGUUCUGACCAAGUCCAAACCUCGAGGCCUUCCUGCCCCAGAGGCUCUUCCACAGCAAGAGAAACACAAACCUGUACCUGCCAGCACCCACAGAGCUCCAAAAGAAAAACAAGCUCUGGAGGUGAUCAGACAGAGAAACCGCCUCAAAGCACAGCAAACUUUGUAUGAAGCCAAUAUUCAGCAGUACCGAUGUGCAAACCCACAAAAAUCAGAGAAAACUAAGAAUGCAAUGUCCCAGAUUCAGCAAAACCUCGACACGAAACUCAGAUUUGACACAGUUCACACCUCAGGGACUCCAGCCACCCAGAAGGCAAACAGCUUGCCCAUCAGAUUGAACACAACGGCUAUUCUGCGGGAGGGAGCGUUGUAUAAUCGACAGAUAGAAGAGGAGCUAAAUAGGCUUGAGCAGCUGGCUGAAGGCGCGAGCGAGCCCUCCUCGUUCCUGCGGUGGCAGAGAGAGAUGAAGGAGAAGGACUUGCAGGAGCAGCUGGCCCAAGUGGAGCGCAGGAGGUUGGAGGGGAGGAUAAGCUACGAGGAGGCUCUGCUGGCCCGCCAGCGUGUCCUGGAACUCAACCAGCACAAAGCCCAGCUCAAGAAGGAGGAGACUGCGGAACUGAUGCGUCAGUAUGCAGAGAAACGAUUGCACGAGGAAGACGGGGUGAAGGAGCUGAUUCGGCAGGUGGCCGACAGCCACAAGAACUCCAAAGCUGCUAAAGUCAAACUGCAAGAGAUCAAGCGAUGCAUUGUGAAGGAGGUCUCCGAACACACCCAGCAUCUCCUGCGUCAGGCGCUGGAGGACGCCCAAGCUGAACUGAGUCGGAAGUUUGACCUCAUCCGUCAGAUUCGAGCCAUCGAGUCGGUGCCUCACAUCAGGCUCAAGUUUGUGGACGACACAGAGACUGCAGGUCAUGAGCUGCUGGGCGAGAUGUCUUUGGCUGAGCUGCAGGAGCGCUUGGCCCGGCUGAGGGAGGAGGGGCAGCGGGAACAGGAGAAGCGGAGACUCAGGAUCCUGGAGGGAAAGCGGAACAGGGAACAGCUGCUCCUGGAGCAGCUGGACACCAUCGCUGUGCGCAGGACUGCUGUGGCACGUGCCACCGCACAAAAGCACGAGGAAGAUCAGACCACACGGGCCAAGCUGCAGGAGGCUGUCAGCACGGACCAAAGAGUGGUGGCCUUGCAGAGGACUUUGGAGAUGAGGCAGCAGGAGCGGCAGCAGAGGAGAGAGGCUGAGAAAGCUACAGCAAAGCUGACCCAACACCUGGCCGCGCAGACGCUCAAGAGCUACAGCCAACAGAAGCGGGCAGUGGAGGAACAGCACUGGCUACAGCUGGAGCGCACGCUAGAGAGGCAGAUCCGGAGAGACGGACCGGUCCAGGGGACAGCCACCUUAUAACGACCUCUAUAGCACAUCCAGUUUGUGAGAAGUGGACCAUAUUCAGUUAGCAGGAUGAAUGAAAGCUAAGAAAUUGAGAAAAACAUGAUUCUAGUACUUAUGUACCUGUGUACCAAGACAUUACCCACAACAUACGGUGGAGUAUAAUUUGGAAGAAUGCACGAGGAACAACAAUUUUAGUAUUUCAUGUUAGACAGACCAGUUUAAUCUGAACUAAAGGGCAGAAGUUACAAUGUCUCACAGGGGGAGAAAAAAAAUAAAUAAAAAAAAAUAAAAAAAUCAGUCACCAAUAGAUGUACACGGUAGGAAUUACAACAAUUACAAAGCCAAAAGGAGGAAGAAGUAUUGCACCAUUUACCACCAUGAAAUUAAAAGGUCAUCAGUUCCAUGACUAAAUACAUAUUGCAGGUCAUACACUCACUGUUCAGCGCAUGGUUUGUUAGAACACAGUAAACGGAACUUGGGUAUUCAGCCCAAUAACAGUCAAAGGAACAGGCUGACACGCCAGUUGACAGAUCACCACAUUCACGUCUCAACAUGCCACAUUCCACACCUGCAACUGUCAUGAUCCCCUUUUUUCUUAAGGCUUGGAAGAGUGCAGUGGGCACUCCUAAGAGAAUUGCUAAACUACUGCUGUUUUUAUGAUCUACAGUACUUAAAUGUUAUCAUGACAUUUAAAUACAUACUGUACAUAUUUAGAAAACAUACCUCCAUACAGAAAAAAAGUCAUUAGUAAACCUAAUUCAAAAC